AUGCCGCGCCUCGGGCACAAGAAGUCAAGGAAUGGCUGUCGACAAUGUAAAGUCAGGCAUGUCAAAUGCGAUGAGAAUAAGCCGUGCUCGAAUUGCGCCCGGCAUGGAGUCAUCUGCAGUCUCAUCGAUCCGAAUGCAAUCCCCACACCUCCGUCCGCGAGUAGCAGUGCUGCACCGAAGCGGACGACGAAGGCAUUGGCUGAGAGGCCGAAAAAGGAGUCCUCGGUGGAGCAACAACCUCUGCCGAGCGCAUUUCCUAUCGACUACGUCCUGAAUCCAUCACCAGCGCCUACAGCGCCGACUACAGAAGGCGAUUCGCCUUCAUCGGGAUCCGAUACCUUCCCAUUUCUCAGCAAGUUUGUGCACAAACGCGAGCAUGUCCAGCCUAACUACUGGGUGCGCGAUCUAGAGCUCUUGCACCACUGGAUGACAGAAGCAAUAGACACAUUAUCGAGACGCGAGGAUGUUCGACACAUGUGGCUACACGUGGGGCCCAAACAGGCCAUCAUUCACACCUUCCUCAUGCACGAGAUCCUCGCCUUCUCCGCCCUACACAUGGCAUAUGUCCAACCCGACCAGAGAAAAGCCUACUACGCCCUCGGCAUCCACCACCAGGACCUCUCCAUUCGAGGUACACGUAGGGUACUUCACAACAUUGCCGAGGACAAUGCGCCCGCUGUCUUCGCUACCUCUAUGCUCGUUACUCUCACCGUCUUCGCAGCCAGAGGAUUAGACGCCAUGGAUCCAGGACCUAAUACGCAAUCCGCCAUUGACGACCUCAUCGACAUCUUCGCGCUGAUCCAAGGAAUCGGCGGUGUGAUUGCUUCGUCUCAAAUGCUCGUCAUAAACGGCCCUUUCGGUCCUCUGUUCAGAGACCCAGUCUACGAAAUACCACCCCAACCUCUCUUCGCAGAGCUCUUGGAACACAUACCUCCCCUCGUACACUUCAUCGAGCACCAACCAGACAUAGAAGACGACAUGCGCCGGGAGCUCCUCGAGAUGAUUACCUUUCUCCGAAACACAACAGUCCGGUCUAUGCGACCCUGUAUGGACAACCGGGAGGUGCGAUUCCUCUUUUGGUGGCCACUACACCUCAGCCCCAACUACUUCACCUGGCUACGACAACGUCAUUCAGCAGCGCUGAUCAUCCUCGUGCACUACGCCACUGUGUUCUACGUCGCGGAGCCCCUGUACUGGUUUAUGACCGGCUGGGCAGAGCGGGUAUCAAGAAGCAUUGUGGAAGCGAUUGACCCGAGCUGGCAGGUUGCGAUACAGUGGCCGCUGCAGUAUAUGGAGGCAGUGCGGGAGGCUCGACAUCCUCCGCCGCCGCAGGAACCGGGAAUAGAGGGCGCGGCUUUAUGA